GUGUAUUCAAUAAUAAACUCCAACAAAAAAUUUAGUUAAAACAWGGGUAAAAAGCUCGCCACAAAUGUGCUAAAAUGUCAUCAUAGAUCCAUUAACCAGCCGCUUUAAGCUUCAGAAAUMCCUAACGUAGACAUUCAUGAGUUCAUUAAAGCUAAAGAAAGAAGAAAAUGGUAAAGGAACAGCAUAUUUUUGGAAGUCAACAAGUAUUGAGCCUCAGAUCUCGUCAUUAAGCCUUCGCCAUGGGAUUUCAAAGGUUGCACUCGGUAACGAACACACCUUAAUUCUGACUUAUAACUCCGAAGUUUUCGCUGUUGGGGAGAAUUUUUACGGACAGUUAGGAUUCGGGGACGUAACUCGACGRUCACAGACGACACGGCUUACCGAAUUAGCAGGGAAGAAUGUAGUUGAUAUUGCUUGUGGUGCUUAUCAUAGUKCUGCUGUUUGCGAAAAUGGUGAGCUUUUCUGUUGGGGAGAUUCUUCGAAUGGACAGUGUGGUAUUGGAGAUAUYAAAUGUACUAAUGUACCGACUCUAGUAGUGUUUAAUCCUGCAUUAUCACCCACAUCAAGGCCAAGAUCUCGACCUGUGGAAUCUGAAGAUGCAAAACUUUUGACUGAUAAAUUAUCUUCAUCUUCAUUAGGAACCCAAAGCAUUGAUCAAGAUGUUCCUAAAAURAGAGACGUUGCUUGUGGUGAUGGUCAUACUCUUGCACUAACUUCUAGUGGUAGAGUUUGGUCUUGGGGCAUGGGAAGUCAAACUGGACACGGUGUGCAAAAUGAAUGUAUUAGGGAGCCGAGAGAGGUUGAAGGUCUUAAAGGUCGAUAUGUCACUGCCAUCAAGUGUGGUGCAUAUCACAGUAUUGCACUGGUUAGAGAUGCAUCUAUACAUCCAAAACUUAUACCACAAAGGAAUGAGAAACUUUUCCAGGGAUCUUCAGGAAAGAAACGUAGUAAAAGGCUUCGGAGGUUCAGCYGCUCUAAGGAAUCCACUAAAGGAUUAAAAAAGACACAGUCAUUGCUAGAAAAUCCAGAGCUCAGUCCAAAAGCCCCCACAGCAGAAAUUAGACGAAUUCAUGUGAACACGUCACCRAAGACUUAUCUCAGCUAUGAUCCURUUGGCAGUGAGUUAAGCAGCGAAAAUAGGACAACAGUUAGUGAAAACUUGGUGCAAGAUAGUGGGUUAGGAGAAAMACAUGAAUUAGCCAAUCCUAGUACUAACGAUAUAAGGGACAUGAGUGUAAAUAAUGAAGAAAUUGAACUGGACAUGCUCACAGAUAAAGAUGAAAGUUCUAAAAGUGAUGGUCAAAAAGUAGAUGUUGGUAAUGAAGCAAGUUCUCAAAAUUUAGAAAKAAAAGGAUGUGACAAGGAGUGCAACUCUGAUAAAAUUGUAAAAGAUGAUAGAGAUUUGGAGGAAGGCCCUGCAAAGGGCGAUGAUGGUGAGUUAAUUGAUAAUGAUACAAGAGUUGAUGUGAUCUCCACAAGAGGUAAAACAGAAAGAGGAGAUUCUAUUGUGUCAGGGGAUGAUAAUACUACAUCUUUACUCUCUGACGACAAUCAUGCAUCAGUCGUAUCCCAGUCGGCAUCGGCAAGUAUACCCAUUAACCGACUUAGUAUCAAUGACAACCACUACRGCUUCCCAGAAAUGAAGCGGUCCCMAUAUGCCUAUCUUGAAGGAAGCUCUCCAGARCCAUCUCCUCCUCAACCUGGGUUUCUCAACCAAAAAAACUUUGACCACGUUAGUAAUGAUUUAUUUGUAACAACUGAAGUAUCAGGCAGCUUGUAUGAGACUUCRGCACUGUUUGAAAAUGUUGAGCCUGGCUCACUUACUAGUGUUAAGAGUGGGGGAACAGACUCUGAUCCUGAAGAUGUGUCUCCAACAGCAGAGGACAAGAACAGCCAGGGUAGCUCAUACUUGGGCUUCGGUAUACUUGCAAGCCGUUUUCGACAAGAAAUGGACCUUGGUAAACUGACCAGUGCUGUUUAUGAUUCAGUGACAGGAAUGUUUAUGUCAUCAGCAUCUACUUUUAUUCCCACACAAAGUGAUAAAUCCCUAACGCAAGGAGGAAGUUGUUUGAACUGUGGUGUUCUAGGAAUCUGUAUUUGUAAUGAAGAAGUUACUAAGAAGGAAAGAAAGUUCUGUCACGAAGGAUAUGAUACUGAAGUUUGGACAUGGGGGAGGGGUGGGUGUGGACAGCUUGGUCAUGGAGAUACUGAAGACAGGUCAAUACCUUACUGUGUUGAUGGACUUAGAGGGACAGGAAUUAUCAAAAUUGCUGCUGGAACAUUUCAUUCAUUAGCUCUGACUGUAUAUUGUCAGGUGUUUUCAUGGGGAGAUAACUCCUGUGGUCAGCUUGGCCAUAAGAAGACCAUGACUGUCAAGCCAAGGAAAGUUAAGUGUUUUUCUGAUGUUCUUAUUUGGGAUAUUGCUUGUGGAAGUCAUUACUCUUUAUUCAUUGGUGACAUGGCUUUAAACAGACCUGAUGUUUAUGUCUGUGGAAGGCAACCAAGUGAAAUGCCAGUUAUUGCAGCAGCACUCAACAAGAUGCAAGGGGCAACAGGUUUUCCCUUAUCAAAGGACGAUACUGCCCUCAAAACUGCAGCCAAAUCCAAACCUCCCCUGACACAUUCCAGGUCCUUUGAUGAUGCAAAAGAGAGAUCAUUUGGAGCCGUACGAGUAGAGUUGGUCAGAUUGAUAAUGUUCAGGAAAGUGGGUAGUGUGAGGUGUGUCCUGGCUCAGAAUGAACAUUGCUGUUGUAUUGCCGAUGGUGAUGCUACUGGUGUGUUGCAUGUGUUAGGGGAGCUUUCUGGUGAGGAAAGACUGUUUUAUUACCAGUUGGCUUUGAUAUGGCAAGCGGUAUUUGUUCCUGUUAUCCAGUCAGAAUUUUGGUCGCUGAUGGUUCCUCAAGAGAGUGGGACAGUCUUGGUUCCAGUUGUGCAGGGAUACCUGCAUCUAAUGAAAUGUGUGUCAUCUAGCAUGGUAUCUCUCACUCAAGUCAUCCAGGAUGUUGAGUCAAUGGAUAAACUAUUUGAUACUUGUCUGUCAGAAGAAUUUAUUACAGCAUUUGAGAGAUAUUCAGAGUUAUACAACAAUGCAGUAGCAUAUGGAGUGUUCAUGUUAUUCACCAGUCUUGCAGGAGAUGUUGGCCCACAGUGUAAAGCAGUUCUACGAGACCUGUUAGAAGAUGCUGAUAAAGACUUCAUUGGCUUCAUCGAUGCAUUCCAGUGGGUUGCUCGUGUACCACUUAUCAGGAUGCAACACUAUGUUGCUCUUACUAGUAAACUGCUCACUCUUUUAACACAGGAGCAUCCAUGGUACUCCAAGCUUAAACAUAUUGCAUCAAUGUGGCAUACACUGAUCUGGCAAGACGAGAAGAGAUACUUGGUAGCAGAACAGACCAGGCAGUUUUGGGAAGACUGUCCCUCKAAAAUAACUGAAAUCUUCAAGGUUUCUAAUCGACGACUCCUCAGAAGCAGYAAAACCCACCCUCUCUACCCCUCUAAGUCAGCACGGUUUUCUAGUCCAAUGUAUGUGCUGUUYGAUGACUACUUUGUYCACGUSCAGUCCCACAAGAAUUACCAAGCACUACCUCUGAAUACAUUAUGGGCUGUCAGCGUGGAGAACUCAGAGAGUCUAAUCAAUGCUAUAAAGAUCAUAUCACCAGAGGAGACACUACUAGUGUGUGCACCAUGUGCUGAGGACAAGGCUGACUGGCUACUGACUAUCAAUCAAGCAGUAGCCAGGGUUAUCUCAAAGACCAGUACAUACAGACUGGGUAAAGAGGCUGUGAACAUGACAACUGGUAACCUACCUGCAGCAACAGCACGUGAAGCCACCUACACAUUCACACAGGAUACACGCUACAAGACAGCCACUUACACUGGAAUGUGGCUGAAUGGUAAACCGCAUGGAAGAGGUGAGAUGGUGUGGACUAAUGGUAGGCGUUACACUGGGGAGUUCAACCAGGGAUUACACGAUGGGGAUGGUGUCAUGGUGUUUCCUGUGAACCCAGAGAAUCCAGCCGAGAGAUAUGAAGGUCAGUGGUUGAGCGGCAAGAUGACAGGGUAUGGGAGAAUGAGAUAUACCAAUGGAGACACGUACACGGGUCACUGGUUGGAUAACAUGCGGCACGGUCAUGGUAUGAUGAAGUGCGGCGCACUAUCCUCUUCUGCUGCUAGUGUGUAUAUUGGGGAGUGGAUGUACAACAAAAGACAUGGCUAUGGAACCUUGGACGAUGUUCUCAAGGUACAGCACAGUUGGUGUGCGAUGACAACACAUUCUUCGAUGGCGAGUUUGCAGGUCAUUGUCAAUUAGCAGGAAAGGGAACCCUUACAUUACCUAAUGGUGAUGUGAUUGAUGGUGCCUUCACCGGUCAGUGGGGUGAUGGUAUCAAGAUUAAUGGCACUUACUUGAAGCGAGAGUCUGACAGUAAUUCCAGAAACAAGAGUGUCGUUCCUGAGGUCAAGCCUAUAGUGUCACCUGAUCGGAAGUGGACAGCUCUGUUCAGGCAGUGUCGGGAGGCACUUGGUUGUCAUGGUGAUCGUGACGCUGACCCUCAGAUUGUCUGGAAGUGUUUAUCAAUGGCAUUACUGAACGGUCACCACGUCAAACUACCACGGACUGAACAAGACAUUAUGCAGGAAUUACUAAACGUCAAUAAUGAGAUGGAAAGAACAGGAAGACAUUGUCUUGAUAAUAAGGCAUUACAGAAUUAUCUAGCCAAGGCCUUUGAAAUCAACUAUCAUCCACUGGGGCAACUAGUGACGAAUCUUGUAGAUGUGUACAGGGCUACCUAUGUGGGUAUGGGUACCCAUAGACGAUUAUUACCUCAUGCGGUACUGGAGGCUAAGUCUAUCAUACACAGACUCUAUAAUAUUAUACGCCUUCUUUUCGUCGACCUACCAAACGAGGAAUACGUACACCUCGAUAAAGACUCUUUUGGCGGUGUGUCCAACAUCCACACUGAGAUCUCUACAUCAAGCAGUGCCUUACUUCAUCCCAUUAUCCUUCCUUUGCUAUACCCUCCAUUGUUUACCCUCUACGCCCUCCACAACGAGCGCGCUGACAGCGUCUAUUGGGAGAGGUUAUUACAGUUGAACUGGAGGUCGGAUCUUGCCUUGAUGACCUACGUCGGGGUCAAAAGACAGUUCUGGCUUGCAACCGAGGACGAGACUAAUGAUUAUAAUGACGAGAUAAUGGGAGAGAAUCGCGAGGCUCACCAUUACGUCACGGCCAUAGAAGCACUUCAGCAAAUGAGUACCAAGCUUAGUCCAAUGGAGAAACUAGCAGUGCUCAAGUCAACAUUUGAGAAGAUCAACGAGGAAGUGCACACCUUCUGGAAAGGAGAAGAAAAACUUAUUUCCUUAGAUGACUUGUUUCCAGUCUUUCAAUUUGUUACCAUCAGAGCCCGUAUUCCCCACCUGGGCUCAGAAAUCCAUUUUAUUGAUGACAUGGUGGAUAGUCACGUGCAUGUGGGUGAACAAGGUCACAUGUUUACUACCCUCAAGGCCUGUUUUUUUCAAAUCCAAAACGAAAAAGGAUGAGAUUUUUCUUUUCUUUCUUCCAACAUCCAAAGCGUCAAGUCUGUAAAUACAUGCCGAUGAGCUACUUUGUAUAUAGUUAAUCCUAAAAUUAACACCCGUUAAAACGUUUGCGCAUGCGGGCAUUUCAAAACAUUUUCCAAGAACAGACCCCUUGUUUAUUUUAUCUCCUGGGCCCGGUUGUACGAAGGGUGGAUAGCGCUAUCUGACACAUAAAUCUU